AUUAGUGUCAAUGUUAAGUUAAAAACCAUAAUCACGUAUUUUAUUCUGCGUUGUGCGUUGAAAUGUAAUCUAUAACUCGAAUUAAAAAAAAUUAGCAUAGUUAUUAUUUAACCAGUGAAUUAAUCGUUAAGGGUUUAUUUUAAAAUAUGUACAACAUAUUUUAAACAUGGAUUACAAAAGAAGAGGAUAUGUGAUAUGUACCAUAGUGUUUUUUAUUUUAUUUGUAAAUAUUGCGUCGCUUCAGAAUGUAAGUCAAACAAUCGUUUCAUCAGAAUCCCCACUGACUAAAGAAAAUGUUACUGAAGCAGAAUUAAAGAAUCAAGUUGAGAAAGCGACUCCAGUGCCAAGCAAAGAUUUACUAAAUGUUACUAUUACAACUGCAACUACACCAACUAUUGUUACAAAUACGACAGAAGCUACUGUAGAAAAAACAGAUAAUGCAACGACAGUGGUAAAGCAGACCAAUACAACAUCAGAAAAUGUUACUACUGCACAAACAGCCGACCCAGUACCAGUACUGCCAGCCAAAGAGGCUGCUGAAGAUGAACAUAACAGUUCUAUGGCAAUAUUUUUUGUACUAUGUGUUUUAGCUUUGGGAAUUUUGCUGAUACAUUUAAUGCUUCAGACUCACUUCCAGUAUGUCCCUGAAAGCAUUGUUAUAGUUUUCUUAGGAGCUUUAAUAGGAUUGAUUAUGAAUGCUCUGUCUAGUAGAAAUAUAAGUAAUUGGAGAAAGGAAGAAGCUUUCUCUCCUACAGCUUUCUUCUUAAUACUUUUGCCACCUAUUAUAUUUGAAUCAGGAUAUAACUUGCAUAAAGGUAACUUCUUUCAGAACAUAGGCUCGAUACUGGUUUUUGCCAUAUUUGGAACAACCAUUUCUGCUUUUAUUAUUGGCUUUGGAAUAUAUUUCCUGGGUUUAGCAGAUGUGGUGUAUAGAUUAGGUUUUGUAGAAUCUUUUGCAUUUGGUUCACUGAUUUCUGCUGUUGAUCCUGUGGCCACAAUUGCAAUAUUCCAUGCUCUUAAUGUAGAUCCUAUUUUGAACAUGUUGGUAUUUGGGGAGAGUAUUCUUAAUGAUGCCAUUGCUAUUGUUCUUACUAAUGCCGCUCUGGAAUCUAACAAUCCCGAUAUGAAUACUGGUGAAGCUAUUGUUUUGGGUAUAGAGAGGUUUUGCUUGAUGUUCUUUGCUUCUGCUCUUCUUGGUGUGGUUUUUGCACUUGUUAGUGCACUUUUAUUAAAACAUGUUGAUCUGAGAAAGAAUCCUUCUCUAGAAUUUGGCAUGAUGUUAGUGUUUACAUAUGCUCCUUAUGUCCUGGCUGAAGGCAUUCAUCUUUCUGGUAUAAUGGCAAUUUUGUUCUGUGGAAUUGUUAUGUCGCAUUAUACUCACUUCAAUCUGUCUACUGUUACUCAAAUCACAAUGCAGCAGACUCUUAGAACUCUAGCUUUUAUUGCAGAAACUUGUGUUUUUGCUUAUUUAGGUUUAGCUUUGUUUAGUUUUAAGCAUAGGGUAGAACCAGCACUGAUUGUUUGGAGUAUUGUUUUAUGCCUACUAGGAAGAGCAUGUAAUAUAUUCCCACUAGCAAUUCUAGUCAACAAAUUUAGAGAACAUCAGAUAACCAAAAAGAUGAUGUUCAUAAUGUGGUUUAGUGGAUUGAGAGGAGCUAUCUCUUACGCCCUCUCCCUCCAUUUGAAUUUUAGUGAUGAAACUAGACAUGUGAUAAUUACUACUACUUUAAUUAUUGUACUUGUUACCACUCUAUUUUUCGGAGGAUCUACUAUGCCUCUUUUGAAGUUUAUGCAAGCUACUAAGAAUCCCUCGAGGAGACUCAAGAAGCGCAAGAAGGACAGGGAAGUCACUCUGAGUAAAACUAGAGAGUGGGGCCAAGCAUUGGACUCUGAACAUCUAUCAGAAACUACAGAAGGAGAAGUGGAAGUUUCUUUUGUCUCUGACCGCAUCAAAGGCUUUGCUAAAUAUGAUCUGAAGUAUUUCAUUCCAUUUUUUACUAGAAGAUUCACCCAACAAGAAUUAAAAGAUUGCAAGAGCCAGAUGACCGACUUGACAAAUCAGUGGUAUCAGGCCAUCCGUAUAUCACCCGAUCAGUCUGACGAGGACAGCGCUAAUACGGGAAGAUCUAGUAUAUCGAGUAUCGUUCGUUGACUAUCGAAUAUAUUUAACAAUAGUUUACCGUUAUAUCCAUAUAAGAAACAGUAUUGAAAGGCAAAAUAUGUCGCUAGUCAGAAAAACAUAUUGUACUUAUCAAUUUUUGCUGAAUAAAUUAUCU